CCCACUCCCGUUUUAAUCUAAUCCUUUCUCCUGUUCCCAUUCUUUCGCAUUUUCAAGUCGACCGGUUCGACCACCAGACCUUUCUCUUCUUGCUGUUUUUCCCUUCCUUUUCCACCUUACGUCUCUCCCAUACACAAGUUCCUUUUUUCUCUCGUGUCAUCCUUGCUCCAUACCCGAAAAGGAUUUAAGAACCGAAAAAUCGUAUCGGAAAAGAAAAGAAAAGAAGGAAAAAAAAAAGAUAAAUCAAGUCAAUAUGCAGAACAUCAGCAUCCUCACUGUUUUCACUCUCUUCUUUGCUGCCCUCGCCAUCGCGGCCCCGGUCGUCGUUGAGCGCCAGAUUACACCCGUAGGCACCAACCAGUACGGUGACGACGGCGUCCCAUCAAAGACCGACGGCUCCGGCCAAGUUGUCCCGGUUGUCCCAGGCACCGCAAAGGGUGUCUCCGGGGCCCAAUAAAGCGGCUCAGUGCGCACUCUCGGGACAUGCUAUAAAUGUACAAUAUCACUUCUCCAACCAUCUCAUGCCAUGUCCCAGAACUUGCUCGCCAUCUCUCGUCUCGUCUGAAAACAAAUCGUAUCGUUCAUGCAUUUCUUCUCUCUCUCAAUUCAAAUUCUGCACCUCCUUUCCUCUACCUUCCCGGGUGUAAAUUUUUUUUGACGACUUUUUAUCCCAAUAACUUGCCAACCCGCCUCCAAAGACCAAUUUCGAGAACGGGUGACGCACGGUUUUCUUUUCUUUCUACUCUUCUAGAUUAUGAUUUUUCGGCUUCUUUUUUCUUCUUCUUUUUCCUUUGUUGUACGGGGCAAUUCAGCAUGGGCAUGAGUACUCGAUAGUAGAGGAAGGCACCAGUGUGGGGAUUUGCUAGUGGUGGAUUGGGAAAUAUUUCUUUCUUUUGGGGUCUUGAUGACUUUCGCUACCUUUUUUAUUCUCGUUUUUUCGCUUCUUUGCAUCCCUUUGUUCGGCUUGGUCAUGCGGAAAUUAUGGGAUUAAAUUGGGAUUUUUUUUUUGGUGGGUUGUGUUGUGGUCUUUUGUGUCGGGGUCGUAAACUAGUAUAAUUAACCCAAAUACUUGAUCGACUCGAUACAAAAUAUAUACGGUAAUCUCA